GGUGAAUCUCCUUGGUGUGUGUGUAUACACUGUAUACAAUUGUUCUGUACCGAGGUGGUGAAGGUUGUUUGCGUGUGUUUAUUGUUUGAAAUGGCAUCGCCGGCGCCGAAGUCGCCGGAGCAGUCAGAUAAGUCAAAGAAAUACGAUCGUCAGCUCAGAUUGUGGGGUGAUCACGGUCAAGCUGCGUUGGAGUUAUCGCAAGUAUGUCUUAUUAAUGCAAAUGGCUUGGGAACAGAAAUUCUCAAAUCGUUGGUGUUGCCAGGUAUCGGCGCUUUUACAAUUGUAGAUGGCAAGAAAGUGACGGAAGAGGAUAUUGGAUGCAAUUUCUUUCUAGAUGUGGAUAGCUGUGGUAAAUCACGGGCACAGGUAGCAACACAGCUGUUGUUAGAACUGAAUCCUGAUGUUCGCGGUGAUUAUGUUGAUGAAGAUGUGGAACAACUAUUGGAGAACAGCGCAGACUUUUUCAACAAUUUCACAGUGGUGAUUGGGUCAUCAUUAACAGAAAGAGUCCUCAUCCCUUUAUCAAAAAAGUUGUGGGAGUUGGAUAUACCUUUCAUUGUCUGUCGCAGCUAUGGCUUUGUCGGCUAUGCGAGGAUACAAGUUGCAGAACACACAGUAAUUGAAACCCAUCCUGACAACCAAAUGCCAGAUCUGCGGCUUGAUAAACCUUUUUCUGCUCUCCAGAAUCAUAUAGAUUGUAUAAAUCUAGAUUUAAUGGAAUAUAAAGAUCAUGCACAUGUUCCGUAUGUAAUUAUACUGUAUAAAUACCUUCAGAAAUGGAGAGAGCAAAAUGGAGGCAGGUUACCAAAUACUUUUAAGGAAAAGGAGAGGUUACGAGAAAUGAUUAGACAAGGUAUGUUUCGUGAUGAACAUGGCAAUGUUGAACUGGAAGAAAAUUUUGAAGAAGCAGUUAAGGCUGUAAAUUAUGCAGUCACAUCAACAGCUGUACCAUCUAGUGUAAGAGAAAUACUUGAUGAUGAUGCUUGCAUUAACUUAACAUCAAAGAGCAAACCUUUCUGGAUAAUGGCAAAAGCUGUCCGUGAUUAUAUUGACAACGAGGGUCAGGGAUGCCUGCCAUUGCGAGGAACAUUACCAGACAUGACAGCCGAAACUGAGCGUUAUAUUGCCUUGCAGCAAGUGUACCACAGUGAGGCAGCAAAAGAUGCAGAUGUUGUGUUCAGAAGAGUCCAGCAACUGUUACAUCAGCUGAAUCAACCAGCUGAUACAAUUACAGAGAAGGAUGUUAAAACAUUCUGUAAACAUGCAAGUAAUCUUCAUCUUUUGAGAGGAACACGCAUAGCUGAUGAAUAUGAUCCUAAAACAAACAAUGCUCACAACAUUGCUAUGAAUCUUGAAAAUCCAGAGUCUCCCCUGGUAUAUUACCUAAUGUUAAGGGGAGUAGAUCGUUUCUUUGCAGAAUACAAUGCUUAUCCAGGUGAAUUUGAUGAUCAAGUUGAACCUGACAUUGUUAAACUUAAGGCUUGUAUAUCAAAAUUAUUGAGUGAGUGGGGUUGUGGACCAUUAGCCAAAGAUGACUAUGUGCAUGAGAUUUCUAGAUACGGUGGAGCAGAACUACACUCAGUGUCUGCUUUUAUGGGUGGGUGCAUAGCACAUGAGACCAUUAAAUUUAUCACGGGUCAGUACAAACCAGUCAACAACACAUUUAUAUACGAUGCAAUCACUUGUAGUUCAGCAACAUUUUCUUUGUAAUAAGUCUAAUUUAUUAUGGGAAAAGCCAAGAAAUUAAAUGUACAGAAUUUUUAUAAAUAUAAAAAAUAUUGAACAUGAGCAAAUUUUAUUUUAUGGACGAAAUGUGUAUAGCUGAACAAUGUGGCCAAAAUCUUGGGAUUUGUGUUGUUGGAUUUAAUGUUUUACACAGGAAUAGCAACAAGUAAAAUGCUGAUUGUUCUUACACAAAACAAUGCAGCAAAAUUUCUUUAGACAUUUCUGGGAAUUGGAACAGAAUUAACAUAUCAACACAUGAUGCUGUCUUUACCGAUCUUGCUCAUAUUCACAAAUUUAAGGCACAAAAGAGCAAUGAAUACAAUUUCUGUGCAUAGAACUCAUUUUACUGUGACAGACUGCCUUUAAACUUUUUUUUUUGCCACUUCAGGUUACAUAAUGAACCCACUACCUUUGCUGGAUCUAUCUUAGGAUCAUUGCAGGAAAAUAAUGAUAGGUUAUCCUAAUUUAAUAUUUAUUUAAUUAAUACAAUUCGGUCUACAACUAUAAGUUAUUCCUGUCAUUAAAUUAUUAAAAACAAACAAGCAUACAAUCAAUCUGUACAAAUAAAACAGGAAGUGAAGUUCAGGCGUAGAGAGCAAAGGCUGUGAUAACAGUCCGUUCAUCAUAACAGCACCAUGGUCUUCACUGGAGAAACUGUGGUAUACAUUUAAAGAAACCACAGAUCUGACCACUUUAAGCACAAUUAAAAAUAAUUUGCAACAACCUCCUAAGAGCCAUUUUGAUAGUGAUUUUAUAGAGAACUGUUUUUCCAACAGUACAUGCUGAAUCUCUUGACGGAACAACUAUUUCCUUAUGAAUUAAGGCAAUGCAUAAAGAAGUGUCUCAGCAUUUUACUACUCAUAAAAGUCAAAGGAACUACCACAAUGAGUUAACGUCAGUUCAAUCAGGACUCAAAAGAUCAGGUAUAUAUACACACGCACACCCCUUCCCCUCACACCCUUUACUCAGGUAGACCGAAAAGUGGAAUUCAUAAAAUUCCUGAAAAACUUUGUCAUAUUAAUAAUAACAAUGCCGUAAAUGCACCUGUAUGCACCUAUAUGACUCGUUUCGGCUAGUGGAUAUUCAGCGUAUUUAAGUAUGAUAAGACCAUUAAAAGCUACAUAUAUGUAUAGAAGACCAAUCAAUCAAUCACCAACGUAACUCUUUCCAGCAAAAUUACAAGGACGCAAAUUAAUUCAUGCACAAUACAAAAGUUAAUAAAAUCAAGAAGUUUUAAAGUUUCUGAGAAACCGUCAAUAUAUAUGGGGACUUUACCAAAAAUCCAUCAUAAAAAAAAAAUGCUGAUAAUUCGCUGGGUGAUGCAAUUUCUUCAGCAACAUAAAUGUAACAGUUACCAACUAUAGCAUUCCAAGUUGUCAAAUAGCUUCAGGUAAUUAUCCAGCUAAAUGAGUCUACCACAACUCACACAGCCAAACUGUUUUAACAAGAUACCUAAAAUCAAAAGGUGCAGCUUUCUUCAUUUAUUUCUUCUAAUUUGGCUUUGAACAGUGCUACAACUCAAUUGAUUUCAAUCUAAAUUAUCCAUAUACAACAUGUUAUGUACAAUCAUUGGUAAGCCAUUCAAUGUGAGUCGCCUACUCAAGUUAGCGCAGGAAAUUGCACACCACCAAAAUGUGGCACCAUAGAAUAAAAACAAAUUUUCCUUAAACCCUUCUUCCUCUCUCCAAUAAUCACAUAAGUUGGGACACAAAGAAACUGACAUGAGAAAAUGGCUUUAAAUAAGUUUUUACAAUCGAAUGUGGCACACACAAAAGACAAUUUCUGAUUCUGAACUGGAGAGAAAGAGGGUAAGGAAGCUGCAAACAACAGGCUGACUCACAGUACUGCAGUUGGUAGGUGCUGCCAUUUUGUUCAG